UUGGCAGCGCUGCUUUUGGCUCAAACUACUUACGCAAGGUUCUUCUUGACAUUGAAGCACAGGAUGAAGUUCUUGAAAGCGGUUGCCUUUGGCUUCUCCAGCUUCACCUUGGUGGUGUCACAAGAUGACGCGUGUCACACCUCUCACAAGGCGAAGGCCGACUGUAUGGGCGACUCCAAGUGUUCCUGGUGUGAGGCAUCGGCAGUGCCAAGUGCAUGCUACACAAAAGAGAACGCUGCAAAGCUUCCUCCUGCAGUCUUUACUUGCGCCAGCUCUCGCGCUCGCCGCUCUGAGUUGCUCCCACGUGAGGAGGCUGAGAAGCUUGGUGUGGUGUGGCGAGGAAAUUCUUCCAAGCAGAGCUCUCAUGAGUUGCUCGAAGCCACUGACAUGCCAUCAGAUUUCAGCUGGUGCAACAAGGAUGGCAAGAGCUACUGCACCAUGUCCAGGAACCAGCACAUCCCCCAGUACUGCGGCUCUUGCUGGGCGCAUGGAGCCAUUUCUGCAUUGGGAGACCGCAUCAAGAUUGCGCGCAACGCACAGGGCGUGGACAUCAACUUGGCGGUGCAGCACUUGCUGAACUGCGGUGGGGUGGGAAGCUGCAAGGGAGGCACCGUGGAUGGCCCUUACCAGUGGCUCAAACAGAUGUCCGAGAAGGGCACUGGCAUCAGCUACGAGACGGCAAAUCCUUAUGUUGCUUGCUCCUCCGACUCGACUGAAGGGUUUUGCUCCCACGUGGACACCUCGUGCAAGGCUGCGAAUGUGGCACGUACCUGUGGCAGCUUUUCCCAGGAGGGCGGCCCAUGCACUGGCCUUGGCUAUUUUCCCAAUGCAACCAUCACGGACUAUGGUUCCAUCAGUGGAGCAGAUGCCAUGAUGAAGGAAAUUUUUCAUCGUGGUCCGAUUUCCUGCGGCGUGGAUGCCAAUCCUCUUCUGAACUACGAGUCUGGCAUCAUCAAGACCAAGGGUGAGGGUGUGGACCAUGUCGUGUCCGUGGUUGGCUGGGGCACUGACUCCAAGGAACACAGAUUCACACUUUUUGUUUCUGCAUGCCGCAUGCCCGUGCAUGCAGAGUUCGCAUUGCUCAGUCCAGUGGGUGCUUGUAGGAUGGCAUGUACUGGAUUGUCCGCAAUUCAUGGGGCGAGUACUGGGGUGAGAUGGGGUACUUCAGGCGAGGUCGUCACUUGACAUGAACUUCUCAACAGUAGGUUUGUAGGUUCAGUGCCGUAACAAUUUAGCAGACUUACACCAGUGACCACUGAUCUUCAACAUUCUUCAACUAUUCUUUUGAACCUGAUUGUACCAUUCUUUCAAAACUAUUCCGACCUUGGCAGGGUGGCGAAGGGCGCUCUGGUGUUGGAGGACCAGUGCUCCUGGGCAGUCCCAGGAUCUUUCACCGCAGCCGAGAAGAACAACCAGGUGCACUGCCAUGAGGGCGGUGACAACUGCAAGGCCAAGGCCGAGGAGCACCAGGUUGUUGUUUAAGUGCCACAAUCCUUUGAAGAUGCACUUCCCAAGACUUCUGACGCUGUCCGUGUGAGCAGUCCCGCUAUGCCUUGUUGACGGCCUUGCUUGUCAAUGCCUUUGACGAGAUUCUUCCAAGGUUGUCAGCAUUGGCUGCUUCAUGGUAGGAUCAGAGUAGCUGUCCUCGAGGCUUUUGGUGGAUGGUUGGUCUGCCAUUGGUGCUCAGAAAAAAGUUCUCAAGCACUUUGAGUGCCAGUAAAGCAGCACACUGAAGGAGUUGGGAAGCAACUUCAUGAGAGUCUAAGAGCAUGUUUUGAGCAGGUCGGAAGCUUCAACCCUUC